GAUUGAGAGAGUUGCUCGUGCGUUGACGUCGCAGAAAAAUCUUCGUUGAAGACCAACAGCAUGGCCGAGACUAAGCAGGCGCCCGUCAAGUGGGCUCAACGUGAGGAUGCCAUCUUCCUCACCGUCAGCGUGCCCGACACCAAGGACCCCGUGAUCAAUCUCACUCCGACUUCCUUCUCCUUCAAGAGCAGUGCUGGUUCCGAUGGCACCCCUUACCAUUGCGAGUUUGACUUUCACGGCGAGAUUGUGCCCGAGGAGAGCGCGCGCCGCAUCACGUCCCGCGAGAUUUUCAUGAACAUCAAGAAGAAGGAGGCUGGCCCCUACUGGCCUCGCCUGACCAAGGAGAAGCUCAAGCUGCCCUGGCUCAAGGUUGACUUUGACAAGUGGAAAGAUGAGGACGAUGAAGAUGAAGCGCCCGAUAACGUGGACAUGGGCGGCAUGGAAAACUUUGACAUGCAGCAGAUGAUGGCGCAAAUGGGCGGCAUGGGCGGCAUGGGCGGCAUGGGCGGCAUGGACAUGUCCGCCAUGGCUGGCAUGGCUGGCAUGGGCGGUGCUGCCCCUGACAUGUCUGCAUUUGAGACCCCCGCUGCGGACGAUGUUGAUGACUCGGAUGAUGAAGCAGCUAUACCCUACAUGUUUGAUGCCGCCCUUCUUGUUCACGUGGAUGCACGCGCGCAUUUCCCCUGGACCCUCAGAUAUCCCCGACCUCGAGUAAAGAAACCCGCUGUGCCAUUUCAGCGCAUCAACAAUCUCAUGCCUGCCUUCCAAGCCAUGUCAGCUAGCCUUUGCAAGCACACGGUGGCUGAAGCUUGGAUCAGUCUUCCAGCUCCCCCGCAAAAUGUGGCCAACCUGCAGGCUAGUCUUAUCCGGCACAGUGAUCAUGAGUCAAAGCUGGACCUCCAUGUGCGCGUGACAGCGGUGACUCGUUGA